AUGGCCGCCUGGGUGCACGCUGCAGGCGGGUGGGUUCUCGGCGCGCUCUCCGAGCGCUGGACUGGACCUGGCCGCAGCGGGAUCGCCGAGGUCUCCUGCCGCUGCGUGUUCGAGGGCUCGGACACGACCGACGGCCUGGUGGCCAUCCUCCGGGAGCAGCUGGCACGCUGCGGCCCGGAGCACCUGCAGGGGGUCGCGUGCCAGCCCUGCCCUCCGUGCCCGCUCCCGCCUGGGCACUACACGGGGCUCGACCUCUGCGGCGCGGCCGUGGUGGGCGACGACGCCGGCGGCACGCACGUGGCGACGCCGGCCGCCAUGGCCCGUGCGCUGGACACCCCGUUCAGCCAGUGCCUCGUCAGGUACGAGGACGACGAGAACUUCCAGUGGCAUCACCGUGUGCUGCUGGUGAAGGGAGAUGCCCAGAAGUGGAUCUGGCUCACGCCGGAUGGGGAGGUGGCCUUCGUCGACCUGGCCACGUUCCGAGUGCUGGCCCUCCGGCGGUCGGGCCCCUUCCCAGCGCGGCAUGCUGGCAACAUCUACGCCUUCGACGAAGUGGCGGCGGAGGACAUGCAGGGCUACCUCGAGGAGGCCAGGGCCCUGGGGACGAUCCUCGGGUUCGACCUCGCCGGCGUCGUGGGCCUCCCCGGGGACAAGUGGUACGUGAGCGACCCCACCUCGUCGCACUUCGGCGAGGAGGUGCCGCCGCAGGUCCUCGCCAACGAGGAGGUCCUGGUGCGGCGUGGGGAUGUUGGGCUCGUACGGCUCGACGACGUCUGGGUCCACGCGAUCAAGGUGAGCGAGGGCCAGAACUUCGACACGUACCUCGCCCGAGCUCGCGGGGGCGCGGGCCGGGGCCCGCGCGUCGUGGGCGACGAGAGGGACCAGGAUGGAGGCAGGUACAUCGACUUCCGGGACUCGGUUCGCCGCAUGAAGGAGGCGACGAUACCGGGCUGGCCUCUGCAGGGCCGCCGUGCGACGAGGGAGGCUGUGCUUUCCCUUCGAGACGGUGGUCAGGGCAACUGGGAGGAGCACCACACCACGUGGCUCCGCCGCAGCGGAGUGGCCGAGCGCGGCAACGUCGCCCGGGAGCACCACAUGAUCUGCGUGUCUUUUCGGAUGAUGCAGCAGUUCGAUCAGCUCGACCUGUUCAACAUUGCGGGCGCGGAGUAUCUCGUCAGGCGGCUCAAGCAGCUGGAGUCGGCGACCCGCAAGAACCCUCGGGCCCCCGACUUCGAGGGGCUCGACCUCAUCCUCGACACGGGGGUCGACGACACGGGCGGCAUGGUGCUGCCGGAGUUCGACGGAUGGGUUGGCGACCAGGCGCGUGCCCGCGCCCAGACCAUGAAGGCGAAUCGGCAGUGGCAGGAGGAGAGGACGGCCGCGCAGCCCAAGGCGCCCCCGAAGGGGCCGAAGGGUGGCGGGGCCGACGCUGGCAACGGGUGCUCCAGCGACGCUCACGUGAACACCGUGUUCGUGAGGCAGUACAUUCGAUCAACUGUCUCGCCGCCUGCACGGUGCGCCAUCGUGGCCGCGGGCCAGGUGGCGCUGCCGAUUCAGGGUCUCCACCCUCGCGGAGCCCUUCAGGAGCUCCUCAAGUCCGACUCGCUCUACGGAGGCGCGCCGUCCAAGGUCGUCCCGUACGAAGAGUCCAAGCUCAAGUUCUGGCAGUCCUCGGUCACGCCUCGAGACGUGGAGGAGGUCUGCCCCAAGUUCGUCGUCGACGCCUUCCGCGACCCCGACGCCUACAUCCGCAAGCCGGACCGCGUGGUGGAGCAGGACCUCGAGCUCCUGCCGCCGAUCAAGCCGUACUGGGACGCGCGGCUUGCCAGCGACGCCAGCCUUCGGCGGGACUUCCUUCUCAGGCUCGCGGGGCGGGGGCUGGUCGGCUUCCAGAGGCGAAUCAGGUCACGUGUGGGGUGUUUCUUCGUCGAGAAGAAGGGCGGCUGGAUCCGCCUGGUCGUCGACGCUCGCGACACCAACCGCACCCACUGGGCGCCGCCGCAUGCCGCCCUCGGGACCCCGGCUGCCCUCAGCGAGCAGGACUGGUCCGAUGCUGCGCUCUCGGACGCUGGAUGGGUUAGUGCUGAUGGCUCCCCCGCUCAGAUCUUCGGGUCGUCCCUCGACCUCCAGGACUCGUUCUACCAGUUCUUCUCGGAGCGCGUCGCGGAGGAUUUCGGGAUGGACUUCCCUGAGCGGGCCUCCUACUACCAGGUCUCCCACAUCUGGACGCCCGACGGCCUGUCCCCUGUCGACCCCGACGAGCUCGUCUUCCCGGUCUUCCGCGGGGUGCCGAUGGGGUGGUCAUGGGCACUCUGGGCCGUGCACUCGUCCGUCACGUCCUGGGUCUCUGACACGCUGCCGGGGGGUGCCCGACGCCUGCUGCUCGACAAGCAGCCGGCUCCCGUCGCGGCACCCUUCCGCCCCACAGGGUCGGUCUACGUGGACAACGUCUCGUUCCUGGGCCUUUCGAGCGACGACGUCGGGCAGGCGUUGCAGGCCGCGAAGGACAAGCUCGACUCGCUCGGCAUCGCGUACCACGAGGUCGAGGGCCCGGCCACGCACUUCACCACCGUCGGCGUCGAGUACGACGGGAGGCGGAGGCGUCUGCGUCAUUCCGAUCACCGAGCCUGGCGCCUCUACUUGGCCUGUCAGGAGCUCGAGCGCCCUGGGGUUCCGCGCGCGGCCUGGCAGAUCCGAGUGUUCCUCGGGCACUGUGUGCAGCACUGCCUGCUGCUGCGGCCGGCCCUCUCGAUCUUCCGCCUGCUCUACCGCUUCGUGGACGCGCAGGGCCAGGGGCCCCCAGUCGCUCUGUCUGCUGGGGCCCGCCGGGAGAUCCAGCUCUUCAGGGGCCUCAUCUUCCAGGCCGUCGUCUUCUUGGACCGGCCGAUGUCCUCCCUGGUUUUGUGCUCCGACUCGUCCGAGGCGGGCUACGCUCUCCACCGCCGACGCGCUGACGUGCGACUCCUUCGGCAGCUGGCUGCUACCCGGGAGAGGUGGAGGUUCGUCCCCGACGAGAAGCGGCCCGACGCGGCGCUCGACGACACCUUCUCCCCGGGCUGGGUGCCGGGCGCUGGAGGAGUGCUGGGGGAGCCGCCGGGCGCUACAGGCGUGGCCGUCUGGGCCCCCCCGCCGACGCGCUCGAGGGAGGGCGCCCGAGGCGUACUCAAGGGUCGUCUCAGGCCCACUGUGCGACCUGCUGGCGUCUCCGUGCCCGACAGCCUCGUCGAUCCCAGGGACUGGUCUCUCAUCGUGGAGGGCGCCUGGCGCCGCGGGGCCCCCAUUCACCUGCUGGAGGGCCGCAUCGCCCUGGGGGGCCUGCGGCACGCCGCCCGGCAGGUCGACUGCCACGGGUCCCGCGUGCUCAGCCUGGGCGACAACAUGUCGGAGCUCCUCUCCAUCGAGAAGGGGCGAGCCGUGGACCUCGGCCUCGCCUGUCUGUGCCGGAGGGCCGCCGCCUACCAGAUCGCCUGUGGGAUCUCCUGGCGGCGCCGACACCUCGACACGGACCGCAACCUCUGUGACGCGGGGUCGAGGAAGGCGCUGCAGGGCGUCUACCGCCCAGGGCAGCGGCGGGUUGGCGGCAGGUCGGACAGGCCGGCUCUGCCCGCGGGCUGCCCGCCGUCGGCGCCCCCGACGCCGGCCCCGCCGGCGCCCUCGGCGACCGCCAGCUGGCCAGUCUCCGAGGAGGCUUGCGAGCCUCCCCCCGCGGCGCGGCUGCGCGGCGGCCGACUUCAGACCUGCCCGCCGCGGCCGCCGCCGCGGGCUUCUGGAGCUGCUGGCCGCUGCGGGCCGCGGCGCUCCCCACGGCCACAGGAGGGGCCCGCGGCCGGCGCCCCUGGCCACCCUGCACGCAAGGCGACGUUCGACGAGGCCGAGGGGGCCCGCGACCUGUCGCCGCCGCUCGGUCUGGCUGUCGCGGCUCCGAUCGACAUCAAGUUCGGGGGUUGGGGCGACCUGCUUCGGCCCAGCAUCGAGACCGUCGUUCGCCAGUGGAUCGUCUCUCGCAAGGUCUGGUUCGUGCACUUCGGGACUCCGUGCACUCCGUGGUGGUCCCUCGAGAACCCCCGGGGAUCCCGGCUCUUCUCUUGGGAGCCUCUCCAGAAGUUCCUGUCCGAGCAUAGCAAGGUCUCCGUGGUGUAUGACUGCUGUCAGUUUGGAGCCCCGUACCAGAAGCCCACCAGGAUUGAGUCUGACCUCCCCGAGCUCGGUAUCCUUGAAAGGCGUUGUCUUGGAGGUCAUGCCCACGAGCAUCUUCAGGGGAAGGUCAAGGUCCGUGAUCGCCAGGGUCGGCUCAAACAGUUCUGGCGCACGACCCUGGCUGGCGCCUACCCUCCUGGUGUCUGCCACAGCGCCGCCCGGGCCUUGGCGCGCGCGGCGCCCGCUGGAGCCUGGCGACCAGAUGGGGAUCCACUGCUGCCCGGUCACUGGGAGGCUCAGCUCCGCCGUGCAGCCAAGAUGGGCGACGUCCAGCCGUCCCUCGAGUGCCCCAGCUGCCCGCGGAAGUGGGUCGCGCUCUGGCCGCCCGACGCCGAGGGCUGGGGCCGCUUCGUGCCCGCUGACUCCUCGCCGGGCUUCCUGCGGCGCUCGCAGGUGCGGCCGGCCACUCAGGCCCGCUACCUCGCCAGCGUCGCCGUGUUCGCCACGGCCAUGGGCGUUGUCGCCGACCGCUGGGUGAGCAAUGACCUCCCCCUGGUGGACACGCUCCUUGAGGAGUACUUCGAGCAGCUCUACGUCGACGGCGGCAGCAAGAGCACGGCCCGCUACACCUUGGCCGCCUUGGCCUACCGUUUCAGCGUGUCGCUUCGUGCCCCAGGCGUCUUCCCGAAGGCGAAGGGCGCCCUCGCCGGCUGGGGCAAGCUCGAGCCGGACGUCACCUCGGAGCCGCUCUGCUGGGCGGCAGCGUGCUUGAUGGCUCUGUACCUGGCCGGCCUCAACACGGAGAUUGCCCUGCAGGCCGCCCGCGGCCUGGUGGUGCAGUUUGACACGUACUUGCGCCCUGGUGAGCUGCUGGACCUCCGCGUGCCCUGCUGCAUCCUGCCGCAGCCGAGUGCCGGCUCAGGGUACAACAAGAUGGGGCUCGUCGUCGGCGCCUCCGCGCUGGUCAUGGGCGACGACGUGCACACGCGCGUCACCAAGACUGGCCUCCAGGACGACACCGUGCUCAUCGAUGGCCAGUCUCGUGCGGGUGUGGCUGGCGCGCUCAUGGCCCUCGUCAAGAGCGCCAACCAAGCCCUCCAAGGGCGCCUCAUGUUCCUCCACUCGUACGCUUCGUACAACCGCUUGCUCAAGAAGGCCGCCGUCGCCGUCGGCCUCCCGACCAAGGUGACAGCCCACCUCCCUCGGCACGGCGGUCCGUCGGAGGACUACCUCAGAGGCGCCCGCUCGCUGGCCGACAUUCAGUCUCGUGGCAGGUGGUCGAGCUUCCGUUCUGUGCAGCGCUAUCAGAAGAGCGGCCGUGCUCUUGCAUCCUUCAGACGCCUCUCGGCCGCUGUGAAGGCAGAGGCUAAGCGUGCUGAGGCCUUGCAGUUGUCCUUCCUCUCGUAA